GAGGGAGGGCAGACUGAAGCAGCUGGUAACAGUUGGUGUAUUUUCGUUGUUCUGUUGACCUGUUGCGAGUUUCUAGAACUUAGUAGAAGUCUGUAUCUCCUAGAUGUGUAUUUUCUAGAAGUCUUGUGUAGUUUUGUGAGGUUACUCUGCUUAGGAAUGUGCUUUUGAUGGAUGGGGUCAGGAGUUGUUGACAGAUAGCUACCGCUAGGGCUAGUCCAGUAUUGCACUCUAGAGUAGGGUUUCACCGAUCACAUCUGGUCCCACUUUUAUCAGGGACAGAGACUUUUAUCAGGGAUAGUGCAUUGAUUGCAGGGACCGUUCAUUGACUGUGGCUAGGGGGUGGUGUACCUGUGUCAGCCAUGGAUAAGCUAAUCGAACAAGGCAAGGAGAUGGGCUUGGAGGGGGAAAACCUCCUGAAGUUUGUGAUGGCCCAGCAGGCUAUAGAAAGAGAUGAACGGGCCAAGGAAAGAGAGGCUCAGAGGGAAAAUGAGGCUAAGGAGAAAGAGGCUCAACGAAGACAUGAGCUGGAGAUGGAAGAGCUGAAGGUACGGCAGGCGGAAAUCGAGUACCAUAAGGCCAAGAAAGAAGGUACAGGAGACGUCAAGGCUAAGACGCCGAGACUACCCAGCUUCAUGGAAGGUGAAGAAAUAGAUGGGUACCUCUUGAGGUUUGAGAGGUUUGCCCGUGCCAACCACUGGGCGGAAGACACGUGGGCGUCUCUACUGAGUGCCCUACUAACAGGGAAAGCACUAGACGUAUACAGCAGGCUGUCUGACGCUGAGGCGCAAGAUUAUGACAAGGUAAAGGAAGCCAUUCUAAAGAGGUACGAGCUUACCGAAGAUGGGUUCCGCAAGAAGUUCAGGUCGGAAAUUCCUCAGGAAGGGGAAGGGCCUGAUCAGUAUAUCGUGCGUUUAUCCAGCUACCUCAACAGGUGGAUCGAGCUGUCGGGAACUUCAAAAACGUUCGAGGGAGUUUGUGACCUGAUCAUCCAGGAACAAUUCCUAGAUCUGUGCCCGACGGAUUUGGCGAUACACCUCCGGGAGAGAAAGCCUAAAUCCCUAGAGGAGUUAGGGAAGAUGAGCGAGCAGUACCUGAUAGCACAUGGCCGCGGUCUGUUUGAAGGAGCACGCCCACGCAACCCGUCCAGAACAACGGGCAAGUCCUUCAACUUCCAAUCCAACAACAACAAGCCGACCAAUAACAACAAGCCGAUGGUGCGUCAGCCGCCGAGUGCUUCCGGUAAGGACCCGAAUGCAUUCCCGGGCAAGUGUUUCCAUUGUAAGGAGAUAGGGCAUGUGAAGGCCGACUGCCCGAAGCUCGGGACGUCUCCCAAGACGAGCAUGUUUGCCCAAGGGAGAUACAAGUUCUGGGAUGUCGACGAAAGAUCUGGGGAGGAAAGCAAGUACAGCAGCAGAGGCGUGGUAAACGGCCGGCGUGUGCAGAUGUACAGAGACACAGGCAGUUCCAUGACAUAUGUCAACCAGAAAUUUGUGCCCCAAGGAUGCGUACCAAGAGACACAGUUAAGGUCAGGCUGGCAAACGGAACAGUCGACACAAUCCCGACAGCAAGGGUUAAGCUGGAAGUGGGAGAAGAUACGAGGAUGAUGGAGGUCGGCGUGAUGAACACUCCAUAUCCAGUUCUACUCGGGAAUGACUACGAGAUGGCAUGUGUCGCCACCCGAGCCCAGACCAAGAAGCAGGAAGAAGCGGCAAGGAGAGUUGCCGAAGAUGAGAAGAAGACUGGGGUCAAGGCCAGUCCGAUCGUCCCGGUUGGGGACGGGAAGGAGACCGAGUCCAAGGAGGAGGACUGUAGGUCAGUCAAUACCGACGAAAAGGGUGCGCAGCCACCGAGGGUGUUUGAAGUGAGCCCUGAUGUGCUGAGGAAACAGCAACGUGAUGAUGUGUCCCUGCAGUCAGCAUGGAAAGGAUGCUGUGAGUGAAACACAGGCUAAGGGGCUGGAGACGUGCUUCGUCAAGAACAGGGAUGGAUUUCUCAUGAGGAAGUGGACCAAGUGGUCGAGAUCUGGGGAGGAUCGUGAGGGAA